UUGCAAGAUGGGGCGCGCUACAGGCGUGGCCAAGUUCUCGCUACGGCUCGUCGACGCGGCCACGGGUGAGCCGCUCAAGGAGUACACCGACUCCCAAGGGCGCGAGUGGGUGGCGGGCGAGGACGAUCAAGAGUUCUUCGUCGAGCUGGCCAACGAAGCGGGAGCAGGUCGCGUCAAGGCCUUUGUGACGGUGGAUGGCUCCAGCAUCGGGUACAACUGGCAGAUUGUGGGCGAGGCGGCGAGUUCCAGCCAGCUGGGACCGCUCAAGACCGGGCAGCAGACAGCGGCCGGCGCGACAGUGGUGGCGCAUGCCUUCAAGUUCAAGCAGGCGGACGAGACGGGCGACGAUGGCGAGGCCUCCGAAGGCGCGCCACCGCCGUAUGGCCGCGUGGAGGUCUCGUGGAAGCGCGCGACACUCAGCGACGUGCCCACGCCCACCCAAGGCUUUCAGACGGCGGCCUGGGCGGGCAAGGGAGUGUCAACGUCGUCCAAGAAGGAGGGUAUGGGCGCGCUCAAGAGCAGCACCGGCGCCGCCCCAACUUCGCUUGCCUGGUCCAGCCAGUCUUGGACCGUGCACGAUGAGGUCGCCAGCGCCACGAUCCUCUACUCUUCUCAGUUUGGCCUUGCCGUGCGCGGGAUGAGGCCCGACGCUCGACCUGUGGCCGGCACGUCGGCCGACGCCGACGACGAGCCGCUGCAGGGGCCGGCGCGACGCCGCCGACGCACCGAGGGGCGAGACGAGUCGUCGGCAAUCGUGCUCGAGUGAGGACGAACCCUCGCCGCACCCGCGGAGACAGACGACAGAGCGUGGCGGGCAGCAACAGAGGGAACACAGACACGAGUCC